UGCAGCUGCUAUUUUCCUUAUUUAUUCAAUUUUCAACAAUAGAAAUUAGAUCAGUCUUUUCUCACGUAAAGUUAAUGAUUAGUCGACUAAAAUGAGUGGAAAAAAAUUUGGGGUGCCCGAGCUCGUUAGUGAGUUAUAGCCAUCUUUCAACUGACAGAACUCAAUAUCAAAGCAAAUCCGCCAUGCUUUCAAUGUGCGUGUGCACAAACUCUUCUGUCUCUUCCACGCCCUGUCCACAGGUAUCCGUCUUCUUGUGACAACUCUAAAGUUUGUUCCUGUUCUUGCUUGGCUAGCAACUUUAAACACUUUUCCGCAUUCUCCCCUCUUGUCAGCAGUAAACAGUUUAUGGAUGUUUACCUCAAAAUGGCAAAGAUGAUAGCCUUUGGCGAUGCACCUUAUAUUCAGUAAAGCCUCUUCCUGGACUUCUUGCGUAGACAUAUAUAAUGACACAGAAAGGCAAUGACAGGCAAGUGAGUAAUUUGAGUACAUGUGCAAUGGGAUAUAUUCUUUGCGUUGAGAAGACUGGGUUGGAAUUAUUUUAACAAUUUUGUCCCUUGGGCUUCCUAAAAAUGGCGGAUGAUCGGACAGGUUCGAGGUUGCAGCUGUGCCAAUUGAUAGCAAUCGAUGAACGGUUUUUGUUUGGUUAUCGAUUGAUCAUCGAUUGACCGAUACCAAUUGAUACCAAUUUACUAAUUUUAUCGAUUAGUUUUUCGAUCAUCGAUUUCCAUCUAUUGCAUACCUCUGGAUCUCUUCUUCAGACAAAUGAUGUCUGCCAAUCGUGUCUUAAUACCUUCCAGCCUGUGCCUGGCCUAUAAAGUCACUGAAGCAGAGUAAAAAGCCAAAUUCGAACAUGCCAGGCACAAGAUGAUAAAUUAUUAAUAAUAGAAUUUCUGCUGAAAAACAGUAGAUCUUUCUUUAAAAAUGUCAAGCAAUUUCAAUUAUUGUUUUCACUUUGUAGUUUAAGAAAUUUCACCCAUCGGCAUACUAUAAAAUUUCAAUGUUUUUACAGGGAGAAAAUUUAAUUAUUGUAGUCUGACUCUGGAGUCAACUCUCAUAGACUUGAGUCCACACACAGUUGCAGCCCUCUGAGAGUACCAGAUAUUUGUUCAGAAAUUCCAAGGGAUUGUUAAGAACAUUUUGGUUUUGUGUUGGAUCUUGACUUACUGAUACAGUUGUUCAGAAAUACUUCGGGCGUUCUCGAAAGCGAAGAUUCCAUAUUAUCCUAAUUCUUCGGCGACUUACUCUACAAGGAGAAUUAUGCUUUCUGGCAACGUGGAACUAAAUCCUGGCAUGACUAAUGGUAACAGCAAUGAUACAUGUACAAGGACAAAAACAAAGCGAAAACAACGAAGCGUUAACAUUGCACACCUGAAUGUUCACUCACUGAAGAAUAAAGAACACUUCAUCCUAGUGAAGGACUUGGCGAAGAAACACAAAUUAGAUAUCUUCACCAUUUCAGAGUCCUGGUUAAACAACUCAGUCUCCGAUUUACAAGUUGAAUUCCCUGGUUUUUCCUUGUUCAGAUUAGACCGAACCUGUAAGAUCGGACGAGGUGUCUCUGUAUUUGUAAACAACAGCUUAAAAUGAGUAAGACUUGCCGACUUAUCAUACAUAUCGAGCACUGGACUACACCAGCUAUGGUUGAAGGUACAAGUCAAGAACUUCAAGUCAUUUAUUGUCUGUACAGCUUAUCGUACUGAUGAUGUACCCGUCACCUGCUUUGAGACCGAUUUCAGCUUCACGCUUACAUCAGCCAUGUCAUUCAAUGUUCCAAUUUUUAUAUUGGGCGGCCUCGAUUGCAAUUUGCUCCGACACAACAAGCCUGAAACGAAGGCACUGCUGGACUUUUGCAAUUGCUUUAACCUCACACAGGUAAUCAACCAACCAACAAGAAUAACUGAGCUCUCCACGAGUUUAUUGGAUGUGAUACUAACUAACAGCAAAGAUCUCACUCAUCACGGAAACGAAAGUCAUGCCUCACUCAAUAAGUGACCACGAUCUCAUCAUUGCGACACUACACCUGAAGAAACCUUGUCCCAAGCCUACUUACAUUACCAUGAGGAGUUUCAAGAACUAUAACAAGGAAGUGUUUCUUGAGGAUAUUUCAAAUGUCCCCUGGUCAGUCAUCGACAUUUUUGAUGAUGCUGAAGACAAGUUGAACGCAUUUAAUGCUCUGUUCAACCAAGUCCUCGACCAACACGCGCCUGUUAAAACUGUUAAAGUGAGAACCUGCCCCUGUCCAUUUAUUAAUGAUAACAUUUGCGCGUUAAUGAAAACCAGAGAUCAUUGGCAUAAACUAGCAAGGCGAACAAACGAUCCUGCCAUUUGGUCGGGCUAUAGGAAUUUUAGACGCAAAGUAAAAUGGGAAUUGCGACUUGCCCAAAAAACUUUUGUAAAAGAUCAGAUUAGGCAAAAUGCAAAUGACACUAACACUAUGUGGAAGACUAUCCGAUCAUGUAUACCAAAGAAAUCAGCAAGCAUAAAAUGCUUUUGUAAAGAUGACAAGACUAUAGCAAACAAAUUCAAUCAAUUCUUCACCUCAGUUGGGAAAACAACACUCGAGAAAAUGAAAUCACUUGCCGAUGAAUGCGGGUGCACUCCUUCACAUGCAUCGUUUGUUCCGAUACAGUACCCUCUCUCGGAACAAUUUACAUUUGGCGAUGUCGCGUAUUGUGAAGUUGAAAGAGUUGUGAAGUCACUAGCUAACAACAAAGCACCUGGCACUGACAAAAUACCAUCCUGUGUCAUAAAGGAAUCUGCCCCUGUUAUCAUUCCAUCAAUAACCUCUAUUAUAAACAGUUCAUUCAAUUGUGUUUUCCCUAGUGUCUGGAAAACGGCUGAGGUAUGUCCAAUUCCAAAAGACGGUGAUCACGAAGUAGUGAGUAAUAAUAGACCAAUUUCACUUUUGCCUAUUAUUUCAUAGGUGUGUGAAAAAAUUGCACUUGAUCAGCUCACAUAUUUGACUGAAAAACAAAGACUUGCAUCUAAUCAAAGCGGAAACAAGAAGUGGCAUUCAACCGAAACUUCAUUAAUAUCCUCUACAGACGCAAUCUUACGAGCGAUUGACCAAACUAAAGCUACAGCAGUAGUGUACCUAGACAUGAGCAACGCCUUCGACAGUGUCAAGCACGAAAUUUUAAUAAUGAAACUAAAGAACAUUGGCCUCUCCUCAUCUGCGUUAACAUGGUUUUGUAGCUAUCUGUCCCAAAGAUCUCAGGUAGUUCGCAUAAACUCAACGUUAUCAGAUGCCCUACCCAUUACUUGUGGCGUCCCUCAAGGCAGCGUACACGGGGCUCUGCUGUUUAGUUUUAUGUAAAUGACCUUCCAGCAAUCAGCGAAAGUUGUUCAACCAAAUGCUAUGCGGAUGACACCAAACUUCUUUUGUCUUGCAAAGUUGGUGAUGCUGACGAAGCAAAAGACACUAUCCAAAAGGAUUUACAUCUAAUUCGUAACUGGUGGUUUGAUAAUUGUCUUCUGCUCAACCCUGAAAAGACAAAGCUCAUGAUCUUUGGUAGCCGCCCGUUGAUCUGUAGGCUAUCUGAUUUUAAGGUUUCGCUGCUCGGAGAGGAACUCUUGCCGUCAGAGUCCAUUAAAGAUCUUGGUGUAACAUUCGACCCACUCUAGCGACAGUUUCAUCCUGUAUGAGUGAAUUAGCCCAGAUUAAUCGAGCAAAGCACGCAUUUAACUCCGGCCUAUUAGUGACUAUCAUCAACGCGCUUGUUUUCAGUAAGUUGUACUAUUGCUCUACUGUAUGGUCCAGUACCACUGCUUGUAAUGUGCAAAAACUUCAACUUGUUCAGAACUUCGCUGCUCGGAUAAUUAGUGGUACAUAUAAAUUUGAGCAUAUAACUCCAUCACUCAAGAAUUCGAGGUGGCUUCCCGUAAAAAAGCAGCUUUACCUCCGAGACGCUGUUUUCACUUUUAAGUGCAUGACGGGCUGUGCCCCGACUUAUCUGACAUCACAAUUUGUCAAAAGGCAAC